CUGUUUGCAGACAUCGCAGGCUUUACUGCAUGGAGCUCCACGCAUCCACCCGAGCACGUGUUUAGGCUGCUGGAGUCGAUGUACCGGGAGUUCGACCUGUGUGCUAAGGAGCGAGGAGUUUUCAAGGUCGAAACUAUCGGGGACUGCUACAUGGCUGUGUGUGGGCUCCCAGACCCCAGGGAGGACCACGCGGUUGCCAUGUCUCAGUUUGCGUUGGACAUGCAGAUCAAGAUGGAGGGAGUCACCCAGGCGCUGGCGCCUGAACUUGGGGCUGACGUGCUGAACUUGAAGCUGCGCUCGGGGAUGCACAGCGGCCCUGUGACCGCGGGAGUGCUACGUGGGGAGAAGUCACGGUUCCAGCUCUUCGGGGACACUGUGAACACAGCAUCGAGGAUGGAGAGCACCGGAGCUCCCAGCAGAAUCCAGGUUAGCGAG